AUGUCAAAUUAUUCCUCUUCAUCAUCAUGUCGCAGACUUUCCAUGCUGCAACAGCACUUGUUUCCUUCCUCUUCUUCUCUCGAAACAGGAUUAAAUGAUUCUUCUUCUUUCUCAUUCGGAUCAUUCUCGGAACGACAUGGAUCGGAGGAAUCAAUGAUCGGAUUCAAUGAGACUUCGGCUUCCUCAUCAAAAAAGAGAAAAGCAGUGAUUGUGUGCGGUGCGAGAACACCAUUUGUGAAGGCCUUUGGUGAUUUGAUGGAGGUUGAUUCUAUUGGAUUGGGAGUUUCUGCCGUCGAAGGUCUAUUGAAAAAGUCUAAAUUGGAUCCAAAUCUUAUUGAUGAAAUCAUUUGGGGAAAUGUUGUUCUCAACACCAAAGCCCCCAACGUUGCUCGAGAAAUUGUCAUUGAUUUGAACUUACCAAAGAAAAUUACAGGAGUGACUGUUAGCAGAGCUUGUUUGUCGGGCUUGGAAGCCAUUUUGCAAGGCAUUCGAUUGAUUGAACAUGGACAAGCAGAAGUUGUUGUCGCUGGUGGAUCGGACUCAAUGUCCAACGGAGAAAUGGCCCUUCCAAGAAAUCUCACAUUGGCCUUAGGUAAAUACAAUUAUGGAAAAGAUAAGGGAACCAUGAAAGGAUUGAUUCAAUUGUUUAAGGAUGCCGGAUCUCCAUUGAGUUGGAUACCAACCCCACCUGCUAUUGCCGAGAGAUCUACUGGUAAGACAAUGGGAUAUCACGCAGACAUGAUGGCAGAGCUCAAUAGGGUCACCAGAAACACUCAAGACCAAUUUGCAGCACAAUCACACAAGAAUGCAGCCAAAGCAAGACGUGAAGGUAAAUUAGAUGAAGAAAUUGUCCCCGUUCGUUUGAAGAAUGGUAAAGUCGUUGCUAGAGAUAAUCUCAUUCGUGAGGAUAGUGAUGCGUCCAAGAUGAGCAAAUUGAAGCCAGUCUUCAGAAAGACAGGAACUGUGACAGCUGCCUCUUCAUCGCCACUGACCGAUGGAGCCAGUUGUGUACUUGUCAUGAGUGAGGAGAAGGCCAGAGAAUUGGGAUACCCUGUUGACAUUAGAAUUUCAUCCUAUGCCACAACUGCGGUUGAUCCUUAUCCUCAACUUUUGCUUGCUCCAGUUUUAGCAUUCCCAAAGGUUUUGGAUGAUGCUGGUAUCACUUUGGAUCAAGUCGAUUUGUUCGAAAUUCACGAAGCUUUUGCUGCUCAGGUGUUGUCCACCACAGCAUGUCUAGCGAGUGACGAAUUUUGUCAAAAGAGACUUGGAAGAAGUAAGGCUAUUGGAGUCAUUCCACCUGAAAAGUUGAAUAUUAAUGGUUCCUCAAUUGCCAUUGGCCAUCCUUUCAGUGCAACGGGUGGAAGAUUGGUCACUUCAGCCAUGAACGAAUUGCGAAGAACUGGUAAAAAGUAUGCCAUUCUUUCCGUCUGUGCUGCCGGAGGUCUUGGAGGUGUAGCUUUGGUUGAGCGAGUGAGUGACAACAAGUAG